AGAGCGUGUACCAAAGCGGUAACCUCGACGAUCGCUACAGCCCCAGAUUCCGUUUUUCGAAUUCGACUUUCCGUAUCACGGGCUUUAUACUUCGGUGCGUGCGAUAAAACAUUAUUUUUUAUAUUGAUUGAAAUUGGUUCAUGUGUGCUUUUUAGUGAGUUUCCUUGGAUUAGGCCGGAUAUUUAUUGUUUUGGAAAAAUGCCGCACUAGCCAUCCACCAGUCGUCUUCAGCAGCCAUGACGCAACACUGGACAUUCUACAUCUUAUUUUCAACUUUUUUGCUCAAAUCCCUCAGCAACGGCGCUGAAGAUUUAUUAGAUCAGUACGUGAAACACGUCGAGAAUGUAAACAGGAUCACGUUAGAGCCCCACGUCAAUCUCGGACAUAAAAAAGUCACUCCGCUUAGGACGAGUUACUAUCGUAGGAGCCUGAAAUCAGUCCAAGAUGAUGCGGACAGGAUAAAUGAGCAAGAUACGACGCCUAUGUUAAAACUUAGUGAGACUAACAGUACCGGACUUACCCAACAACACAGAGAUGACUUACAAGUGCAGCAUGUAAAAAACAAAACACACAAACAGAGUGGACAAAGUACACAAGAAUCUAACGCAGAAGUCACAAUGACAAGUACCUCAAACCUAGAUGUGUCUAAUAGUUCUACACGUGUCCAAAAAGGUGAAGAGCCUGGAGGUCAGCCAGUAAGAAACAAACAGAAACAUAAAAGUGUUCAUAGGAAAACUUCUAAGCAAGAAAGUAAGAGAGCAGGUGAACAAGUCACAGUGCCAAAUGCGUUGAACGCCAUUGAAAGUAACAGGUCUGUACUUUCUCGAAAACACGAAGAGCAGGAACGACAGGAAAAUAAAAACAAAACUCAUAAUCAUAGAAAUGGCUCAAAGAAAGGUUUGAAGCAGCAGUUUAGAGCGACAGAUACACAUAAGAAGAGUUCCAGUGAAACUAAACAUGUACCUCAACAGAAAACAUCACAUAAUCACAAAAAAGGGAAAAAACAUGAAGCCAGUGGUAAGGGCAGGCCAGAGAUCCAAGAGGAAUCUGAACUGAUACCGAUGAGACUCGAUAAUUUUGAAAAUGCGAAUCGUAAACAAGGUGGCAAACAUAAAAAAGGGGAAACGAAGAAUAUAACAAAUAGAAAACACCAACAACCUUCACCAACAGACUUGAACCUCAAUGCUCAAAACAGAUCUGGACUUAUUCUAAGAUCAAGAAAUAAGAAGAAGCUUUCAAAAGAAAAAGUAAAACCCGACGAAGAUCACGUAAAUGAUGAAUCUAAAUCUAGAUUACAUUCUAACCUUCAAAGCAGCGAAAAUUUUCACAAACACAAAAAAGUGUCUGACCGUAAACAACAAAUCAGCAACACCGACGACAGCGCUUUACUAUUAUCUUCAGUUUCUCCAUCACAAAAUCGCAAGGAUGGCUCAAAACAACGAGGAAAGCAUACACGGAAACACAGCUCAAGACACAGAGCUCGAAGAUCAGUAUUUAAAGAAGAUUUGAGUGAUAGAGGUCGAAGAGAUGUGGGUAGUGAUAUUUUGUGGACUCAUUCUGAGACUCUCGAUAAAGGAGGAUUGGUCGUGUUGAAAUGGCAGCCUAGGCAUCAGGAAAUAUUGUUCAGAGUGGAGGCAAGAACUAAAGGAUACGUUGCUGUAGGGUUCAGCCCGGAUGGCAAGAUGGAGAACGCUGACAUGGUGAUGGGGUGGGUCGAUGACAGGCAAGGCCAGGCGUACUUAUUGGACUGUCAUGGGGUGCCGAAAAGCCAAGGUAAUGCACCCGUCAAGGACGAGAUAGACAAUUACACAUUGAUGAGAGGAAUGCAGAAUGGUACUCACACUAUCAUUGAAUUCCGAAGAGUACUCGACACUUGCGAUCCUCACGAUUAUGUACUAUCGGGUGAUACGGUUAGGGUCAUAUGGGCUCUCCACGAUUCCGAUCCACCCAGAGGAGCCGAAUUUGUGUAUCAUGAGAACAAAAGAGGAUCUCAAAGCAUACAUCUCAUGGGUCCCCCUCCUGUUCCAAAAAUGCCAGCUGGACAUUACAGGCAUUGGGACAUUGCUUUCGAAAAUCUGAAAAUUCCUUCAACAUCUCCUACAUCCUACUGGUGCAAAGUUUUCAAAGCUCCAACAUUAGCCCGAAAACAUCACAUAGUGGGCUUUGAGCCCAUCCUGCCAGACAAAAGAUCGUCUGGAGCAUACGCGGCACACCACAUGAUCGUUCACGAAUGCCUACUGGAUGAUGAUGAGGACAUAAUGGUCUGGGAGGAAUACGCGAAAGAGAAAGGAAGACAGUGCUUCGUUGACAUGCCUGUUAAGUGGGAGAGGUGUCUUACACCUUUGGUCGCGUGGGCUAUCGGAUCCAAGGGCGAAAACUUCCCCCAACACGUGGGUCUCCCACUCGCGGGCUCCAAACGAUCAUACUACAUGGUGGAGGCUCAUUUCGACAACCCCACAGGGAAUACUCUAACAGGCACCUGGGGACUCAGACUGCACUACACGGGAGAGCUGAGAAAAAACGAGGGAGGCAUGAUGAUGGCCGGUGUGGUGCCUUCAACCCUACACUUUGUUCCGCCGUUUCAAAAGGAAUAUCGUACGGCCGGGUACUGCAGCAUAGGUUGUACCAGAGAGAUAAUUCCUAAAUCUGGGAUAAAUAUCGUGUCGGUGAUGCUGCAUUCACAUCUAGCAGCAAGAAAGCUCAAGCUGCGUCACAUAAGAGGGGAUAAGGAAUUGUCACCACUUGCAGAGGACGGCCGGUACGAUUUCAACUACCAACAAUCCCGCCGCCUAUCCCAGGACAUCCCAGUACUUCCUGGCGACGGUCUGAUCACCGAAUGCACGUACAACACCGAAGACCGUUCUGCCCCCACCGUGGGAGGGUACUCCACCAAGGAAGAGAUGUGUCUGGCCUUCAUCCUGCACUACCCCCGUACUGAGCUGGCAGGGUGCUACUCCAUGCCGCCUGUCAAGUACUUCUUUGAGGCGCUUGGUAUCAGGGAAUUCUACGGGAAGGACAUGAGUGAUAUCGAGAAGGCUUUCUUGGAAGGAAGUGUGGAGACAGAAUCAUUGCCAACAACAACGCCAAAACUUUUCGAGACGAAGCCAGGCGAUGAGUUGUCCCCAGAGGCCAAUCAAAAGGCGAUACUAGCUUUACAACAGGCAAAGGAUUACAGUAUCGUUGGACAAAUUUCGUCACCCAAAAAGAUUUUUGACAGACUGGUUAUCAAAGAACCUCAAGAGUUCAGGAACAUGUCUUUGACUCAACACCUCCAUCGCAUGCCUUACAAUGACAGUAGUUUCACGACGAAGAUGGAAGAAUAUUUCUACAAAGGGCUGCAUUUGACGUUUUGCAGGAAACGAGAUGAUAGCUUGGCUAUAAAGGAAAAUAUAGAAAGUCUACCCAACUUCCAACAAUACGAGAAUAAGCCAGGUGUGGUAUGUAGCCAUAAAGCAAGGUCACAAUUUGGACUCACAUCUUCCUCGGUUCAGCCAAUGGUUACAAGGACGAUAUAUCAUACUCUGAUAGUUUUGACAAUUUUUAGGAUCUUUUCUUAACUUUAACACACAGAAUUGAAUUCAACAAGACAUUCUAAAAUUUCACUCAUUUACUGUCGUAAGAUUUCGUAUGUAGGUACAUGCUCAUACAUACUUGGACUGAGAGGUAGUAAGUAUCUUGCUCGCGUAAGAAGGAUUUGGUUAUGUACACGACUUGUGUAUGGCGACAAUAUCGCUUUUCAUAAUGAUAUAUGAAUGUCUCCGUUUGACCUCAGUUAAAAAAGAAAAACCCUUAUAUCCAACGUAGUCGAGUUUACUCUUGCGCGUGACAAACCUCAUUUAUAAAUCGGUCCUGUAAAAUUCUCGUUCUUCAAAGAAUCCAUUUGCGGCUGCAAAACUAGCCAGAUUUGACAAAGCAGCAAGAAUAAACGAUUUCCAGAGAACUAAAAUUAUUUGAAACUUAAUGAGGUAAAUAUCGAGAACAAAUAUUUUUUGUUCGCCAUAUUUACGACUAUUCAGUUUUGACACUUAUUCUAGCCUCUAGAUCUAAAGGAGACUCUAAACUAACAGUAUUUUCAUUGCAACAUGUCUAUAAUAAUGGCAAUUAUGGCCAUCAAGACCAUAUUGCAGCAUAUGCCCCGGCUAGUGUUCGUAAAAUGUAGACAAUUGCCAGAAUUUUUGAUCAGACGGGCUUCAAAUUCACUCAAGAAGAUUAUCAUUAUAAUACAUUAAUGCCAUUAAUAUAUGCUCGUAAAGAUAUAACGGAAAAGUCAAACUUGUGUAGCUAUGUAGCUGGGCCGUAUUAAUAAUUUUACCGAAUCAGUGUUGCAUGAUCCUGCUGCUGUUACCGGCAAAGGUGACACUCUACUGGGACUAAAUAACGCAGUACAAAUAGUGCCCGUUUAGAAGCGCUUUAAAAGAAAGAGAUUUCUCUAGAUUUGCAACACAGAAGUCGUAGAAGUCUAUUAGUAAUCAGUUACUCGUGAAGAUAUGUAGGUAUAUCAUUAAGGAGUAUAUAUCAUCAAUCAAUGUACAUAAGACUGUUCAUUUUUGUCCAUAUUUAUUUCUAAUUAGGAUAUUUUAGAUUUAGUUUUAUCGUAUAGAUUGCGUUAAUGACAUGAAAAGUUUAUUUUGUUGGCGCUCAAAUCGAUAUUAUCCAUUUUAGUAAGAAUUUUUGAAAGUCCUCUGAACAUAACUUUGACAACCCCAUCCCCAUCUUUGUAUAAUUUAUUUAUUUAUUUUGUUUUGUUUCAUGAUUGUUUCUAUUUAUAUUUGAUUUAUGUAAAUAAGUAGAAUUAGUUGUAUAUAACAGUGACAUUACCAAAUAAUUAGUGACAUAUGUUUUGUUAGUUGUAAUAUAUACAUGCUGUGAAUCAUAUAAUUAGAUCGCUUUUACACUAAGUGAAGAAAGUCAAUUUUGUACUUAAUAAUAUAUUUAUUCUCGCAG